AUGCCCAUAACACUCUAUACCUAUUUCCGUUCCUCUUGCUCAGCCCGACUCCGCAUAGCCCUCCACCUCAAAGACAUACCCUUCACGCCCAUAUUCGUCAACCUCCUUAAAGAUGAACAAUCCUCUGCGGCCCACAAACAAAUCAAUCCAUCUGGCCUCGUUCCGGCCCUCAUAGUCGAAAAUGAAGGCAUAGCACCAGUGACAAUCACCCAGUCCCUGGCAGCACUAGAAUACCUGGACGAAGCAUUCCCAGGAGCUGCACUACUCCCAUCUGACCCCAUGUCCCGCGCUCAAGCACGCACACUAGCAUCUAUCAUUGCCUGCGACGUGCAGCCGGUGACGAACCUCAAGAUUCUGAAGCGGGUCGCCACGCUGGGUGCGGACCGGACUUCAUGGUCAAAGGAUUUGAUUGAGGAUGGACUGCGUGCGUAUGAAUCCACCGUGGCGAAGUCUGCAGGGAAAUUCAGCGUCGGGGAUGAUAUCACUAUUGCGGAUAUUUGUUUGAUUCCGGCUGCGUGGGGUGCGGAGCGGGUUGGGGUUGAUCUCAAGGUUUUCCCGGUUACUUUUGGAAUUAUUAGGAAUUUGGAGGGGAUUGAGGCUGUGAAGAAGGGGCAUUGGCAGAACCAGCCUGAUACUCCUGAGGAGUUGCGAGCGAAAGAUUAG